AUAAUAGUAAAUCCAAAAAUAGUUCUAUAAAAAAAGUUAAACCCUUUUCCCAAAAUUACUCCUCAACAGCUUCUACUUGUGGUAAAUUCAGAUUACCCCCUCAUGUCACUUCAAUUUUGAUGUAGCCUCGUUCAAAUUUUCAACCUUGAUAAACUCAAACAAACUCCCCCACCUUCAACUUUUUUUUCACUUAAUUCAAAUUAACCCUCAAACCUCACCCCUUCUUUGCCAGCUUUUCCAGUUGAAAAAACAAAACACACUCACCCCCACUUCAAUUAUUUAUCCUCUUCUUUCUCUCUCUUAUAACCUUCUUUUUCAGUCUCUCUGUUUUCCCCUGUUUUUUCCUUUCUUUCUUCUGCACUACCAAAAAUGUCAAACAAAUACCCAUAAAAUCUCCUUUUCUCACUAUCUCUCCUCCAUUCCCACAUUCCUUCUUUCUCUCUCUAAAAAACCCACAAAUUUCUUCCCAAAAAUCCCCCAAAAAAAACAGAGCAAAAACAGAGUAAAACAGAGCAAAAAUGGAAGCAUCUUCACCAAAAACUCAACUACCCAUUUCAACCCCAUCACCAAACCCACAAAAACUCCCAACAAAAAGAAACUUAAUCUCCUCUUUAAUGGAAGCAACAACUCUUCGUUCUCCUUCUUUCAAAGAAGACACUUAUUUCCUCUCUAAUCUCAAACCUUCUGAGAAGAAAUCUCUCAAUGAGCUCAAAUCCAAGCUUUCAUCUUCACAAUCCAAUCAAAACCCAUCAAUGUGGAACAUUCCUCUUCUCGCGGAAGACGAGAAAGCGGAUGUUAUCCUCCUUAAGUUCCUCCGAGCGAGGGACUUCAAGGUAAACGAAGCGUAUUCAAUGCUCGAGAAAUCGCUGCAAUGGCGAAAAGAGUUUAAAGCAGAUGUUGUAGUUGAAGAAGAAUUAGGGUUCAAGGAAUUAGAAGGAUUAGUUGCUUAUAUGCAUGGAUUUGAUAGAGAAGGUCACCCUGUUUGUUACAAUGCUUAUGGUGUGUUUAAAGAUAAAGAAAUGUAUGAAAGAAUUUUUGGGGAUGAUGAAAAACUUGAGAAAUUUUUGAGAUGGAGAGUUCAAGUUCUUGAAAGAGGGAUUAAAUUACUUCAUUUUAAACCUGGUGGUGUUAAUUCUAUUAUUCAAGUUACUGAUUUAAAAGAUAUGCCUAAAAGAGAACUUAGGGUUGCUUCUAAUCAGAUUCUCUCUCUUUUUCAAGAUAAUUAUCCUGAAAUGGUUGCGCGCAAGAUUUUCAUCAAUGUGCCAUGGUAUUUUAGCUUGUUGUACUCAAUGUUCAGCCCAUUUUUAACUCAAAGAACUAAGAGCAAGUUUGUGAUUGCUAAGGAAGGCAAUGUUGCUGAAACACUCUACAAGUUCAUAAGGCCAGAGGAUGUACCGGUUCAGUAUGGAGGACUGAGUCGACCUGGCGAUCUCCAGAAUGGCCCGGCGAAACCGGCCUCCGAGUUCACCGUCAAAGGGGGUGAAAAGGUUAAUAUUCAGAUUGAGGGCAUUGAGGCGGGUGCAACAAUUACAUGGGACUUGGUCGUUGGAGGUUGGGACUUGGAGUAUAGUGCGGAGUUCAUCCCGAAUGCCCAAGAUGGCUACACCCUUGCAGUGGAGAAGCCGAAGAAACUCAACCCCUCAGACGAUGCCAUCCACAACUCGUUCUUGGCAAAAGAGGCCGGGAAACUUGUGUUGUCUGUGGACAACACCACAUCACGGAAGAGGAAGGUUGCUGCCUAUCGCUAUGUCGUCCGCAAAUCUACACUAGCCUAGUGUGAUCCCUUGUGUAAAAUAACCCAAGUGUCCUAGAAUAUUUAGGUUUUGGUGGAGUUGUUUUGUUUGUUUGAGGUUAUUAACUAAUAGAAGUACUGCUUAUAUAAAUUAACUAAUGUUGUUUUUGUAUGGCUAUGCCUAUGAGAGUAUGAAUUUAUAUUAAUGCUAUAAAGUGGUAGUAUUAUUAUAGUUUUAACUUAGUGUAACUGUAUACUAGAGGUGUAUUAAUCUAGAUGCUUGUAUUAUCAUUUUUGGGGAGUUGAUUUUUUGGAAAUCGACAAUCCUUGGCUUCUAA